AUGGUGUAUGUGCACGAAAGUACGAGAAGUAUUGCUUUCAAUGGGCAGAAAAACUACACGUUUCAGCGGGUUGAAGAGCUUCUAGGAAUAGUGCCAGCAGAUGUCAGACCUAAACACAGCAACCAACCUGUCAGACAAGGGAUACCCGGCACAGCCAGAUAUUUCCAUCUUUUACAAGAGUUCGAAUAUGACAUUACCAAUAUUCUUGAACAGGCUCAAUUGAAUGCCUUCCAUACAAAGCAUGACAACCGACAACAUAGAUGUACUGGGGAGGCUCUUAAUAUUGCUCAGUCCAUGUUACAAAGCAUAUAUCCAGCAUGCCCGGCACGUAUAAUGCUGUUUACUGCUGGGCCCUGUACUAUUGGGCCAGGUAUGGUAGUGGAGCCGUCUUUGAGAGAGCCACUACGGUCACAUAAGGAUAUUGAUAGCGAGACAGCGAAGUACUACAAAAAAGCGAAAAGCUUUUAUGACGGGUUGGCAAACCGGGCAGCUCACAAUGGCAAUGUGAUUGAUAUAUUUGCAGGCUGCUAUGAUCAAGUUGGGUUAGAUGAGAUGAGUUCUUUAGCUAGCAGGACUGGUGGUGUUAUUAUCUUGUCAGAUUCUUUUGCAACAUCAAUUUUCAAGCAAAGUUUUAUCCGUAUGUUCAAUGUUGAUUCUUCUCCCGAGGGCUAUUUAGAAAUGGGAUUUUUGGCCAGCUUGAUGGUUAAAAUGAGCAAGGAAAUCAAGGUAUCGGGGCUACUUGGUCACGCAAUUAGUUCCAAAGGUAAAACACCGAGUCAUGUGGCUGAGACUGAGAUAGGUAUAGGUGGUACCAGUUCCUGGAGAAUAGCUGGAUUGCGGCCGUCAAGUACAUAUGCACUCUUUUUUGAUAUUACGAACACCCAGCCUUUGACUGUGGUAGCUGGUGAAGCAUAUCCCCAAGCAUAUAUUCAAUUUUCGACCCAUUACCUGCAUUCUUCUGGAUUCUAUCGUCUCCGAGUAACUACAAUUGCUAGACCGUUUGAUAUUUCCAACCGAGGACUUGGGCAACCGGGCCAACAGUCAAUUGUACCAACGCUUUCUCAAUCGUUCGAUCAAGAGGCAGCAAUUGCCAUCCUUGCCAAGCUUAGUAUCUACAAAGCAGAAAGUGGUCUUCCAAUACCAGAUUUGACGAGAUGGAUUGAUGCAACACUAAUCAAACUAUGCAUACGAUUUGCUAAUUACAUUAAAGAGGACCCUCAUUCUUUCAGACUACCCGAGGCAUUCAUUUACUUCCCACAGUUCGUCUACCAUCUUCGUCGCAGUCAGUUUCUUCAGGUUUUCAACAAUUCGCCUGACGAAACUGUUUAUUACAGACAUGUUCUUAUGCAAGAAGAUACCACGAACUGUUCGAUCAUGGUACAACCAACAUUAACUGCUUACGAAAUAGAUAAGGAUGAACCUGAACCUGUGCUUCUCGAUUCAUUGUCUGUUAAUCCAAAUCGAAUUUUAUUAUUGGACACAUUUUUCCAUAUUCUUAUUUAUCACGGUGAAACAAUUGCGGCAUGGCGCAAACAAAAAUACCAGGAAUUGCCGGAAUAUGAGAAUUUUAAACAACUUCUUGAAGCUCCUAGACAAGAUGCAUCUGCUCUUCUUAUAGAUCGGUUCCCACUACCCCGUUUUAUUGAUACCGAAGCAAGAGGAAGUCAGGCAAGGUUUUUGUUUUCUCGUCUGAAUCCCUCCAAGUCAGCCUCUGACAUAGGUAGUCCAGUUGCCGGCGCAGUGGUUCUCACGGACGAUGUUAGCCUCCAAGAUUUUAUGGAGUAUCUUAUCAAGCUUUGCGUUUCAAAGAAAGCCGAAAAUAUAAAAUAG